AUGCUUGGCAGUCUGCUUUGUCUGCCUGGCUCUGGCUCUUUACUGCUUGACCCAUGCACAGGCUCCACAAUUUCAGAAACUACCAGUGAAGCAUGGAGUGUAGAGGUGCUUCCCAGUGAUUCUGAAGCACCAGACUUGAAGCAGGAAGAGAGACUCCAAGAACUGGAAAGCUGUUCUGGGUUGGGUAGUACAUCAGAUGACACAGAGGUGAGAGAGGUCAGCUCAAGGCCCAGCACCCCAGGACUGAGUGUCGUGUCAGGAAUCAGUGCUACGUCAGAGGACAUACCCAACAAGACUGAAGACGUACGUUCGGAAUGUAGUUCUGACUUUGGAGGAAAGGAUUCAGUAACCAGUCCUGAAGUAGAGGACUGUGUUCAUAGCGUACAUCACAUCACCUCUCCACCAACCCAAACGGAGUCCUUGUUAGCCAUGUUUGACCCAUUGGCUCCAGCAUCUAGUGAAGUUUCAGUGGUGCGGCCCAAAGUCCACUAUGCUCGCCCCUCACAUCCACCUCCAGAUCCCCCCAUUCUGGAAGGAACAACAGGAGGAAAUGAGGCCCGGUUGCCUACAUUUGGUUCCCAUGUUUUUGUUCCCACGGACUCUGAUGCUUAUAGACAGAGACACUCUUGCCCAGAGAGACUGGUGCGUAGCCGCAGCUCAGACAUUUCAACAUCUAUACGACGGCCAAUGAGUGAUCCUGGUUGGGCACGCCGAAUAGGAAAUGAAGAUAGGGAGCUGCCACCUGGUGUAACAGGUCUAGGAGCAACAGGAGCCAUCAAUGCCUCACAGUCAUCAUCAUCCUCGCCAAGCAAGGACUCCUCAAGAGGAGAGCCAGAAGAAAGGAAGGACAGUGAUGAUGAACGCUCAGACCGCAACAAACCAUGGUGGAGGAAGCGCUUUGUGUCUGCAAUGCCGAAAGCUCCUAUCCCAUUCAGGAAAAAGGAAAAACAAGAAAAGGAGAAGGAGGACCUGGGGCCUGACAGAUACUCCAUGCCAGAAGAUGCAGCGUCGAGGCUGGGUCCACAUUCUCAAGCUGCAGAGGACAUUCUCAAUAAGUACAGGAAUGCUAUCAAAAGAACAAGCCCAAAUGAUGGAGCUGCUGUAUCUUACGAGGGAGCAGACGUAGCAGUUGAUGAAGAAAGUCUUCAUGAUUCUCCAAGGGAAGAAGCAUUACAGAACAUGACAUCUGAUGACCUCCCAGAUUCUGCAAGCCAGACAGCUCAUCCUCCUGACUCUGCCUUCUCUUAUAGGGAUGCAAAGAAGAAGUUGAGAUUAGCAUUGUGUUCUGCAGAUUCAGUUGCUUUUCCAAUGCUGUCCCACUCCACACGUAAUGGUCUGCCGGAUCAUACUGACCCCGAAGACAAUGAGAUUGUUUGCUUCCUGAAAGUCCAGCUGGCUGAAGCCAUAAACCUACAGGACAAGAACCUCAUGGCUCAGAUUCAGGAGACCAUGCGCUGCGUAAGCCGCUUUGACAGUCGGACUUGCAGCAAGAUCCUCACAUCUAUUGCAGAGGACUAUAGGAAAAGAGCUUCCUAUAUUGCAUAUUUAACAAGAUGUCGCCAAGGACUACAGAGCACACAGGCUCAUCUAGAAAGACUUCUGCAAAGAGUUUUGCGCGACAAAGAAGUUUCCACUCGAUACUUUACAACUGUUUGUGUUCGUCUGUUACUGGAAAGCAAAGAGAAGAAGAUUCAGGAAUUCAUUCAAGAAUUCCAGAAAUUGACAGCUGCUGAUGACAAAACUGCGCAGGUUGAGGAGUUCCUUCAGUCCCUGUAUGGUGCCAUGGCCCAGGAUGUCAUCUGGCAAAAUGCCAGCGAGGAACAGCUUCAGGAUGCCCAGAUUGCAAUAGAGAGGAGUGUGAUGAAUCGCAUCUUCAAGCUGGCUUUCAACCCCAAUCAGGAUGCAGAUGUUCUUCGUGAUCAGGUUUUACAUGAACACAUUCAAAGGCUGUCUAAGGUCGUGUCUGCCAAUCAUAGAGCUCUUCAGAUCCCUGAGGUUUAUCUGAGGGAAGCUCCUUGGCCUUCUGCUCAAGCUGAGAUACGAACUAUUAGUGCUUAUAAGACCCCAAGGGACAAGGUGCAGUGCAUCCUACGCAUGUGUUCAACAAUUAUGAAUCUUCUCAGCCUUGCCAAUGAAUAUUCCGUCCCAGGAGCUGACGAUUUUGUCCCCGUCCUGGUGUUUGUUCUCAUAAAGGCUAACCCUCCCUGCUUGUUAUCUACUGUGCAAUACAUCAAUAAUUUCUAUUCAAACCGAUUAAGUGGAGAGGAAUCCUACUGGUGGAUGCAGUUCACGGCUGCUGUGGAGUUUAUUAAAACCAUCGACGACCGCAAGUAA